CUUGACUGUAUACUGUUUGCUGGAAUAAUGGCCCGAUCGAUCAAAGUAAUGCAGUAUAAAGGACGUGCCAAGGUAUACAACACCAAUUACAAAGUUUCGGGGUUGACUGUUGAAGAUAUGGUGGGCGAAACCAAGCAUCCGUGUCGAAGUGGACUCCAGGCAACCAUCACACUCAUCCUUGGCGACUACUACGGGACACACGACAUCCCUCCAAGUCACCUCGUCGCUAUCGACUUGGGCUCGAUCAACCAAAACAAUAUCUGGUCUUUGACUGCAAUCGAGAUCAGACAUCUUUUUCCCAGUUGCUUCAAAACCGAAGCGACAGUUAAAGCCUCUGGUUGGGAAAGUGAUUGCUGCAUUUGAAAAGCCGAAUGCUUUGUCUAGCUCACGACCAAUACCAUUGAAUAACUCUGCGAGCCUGCAUCCUGGGCCUCGUGACGAAUACUUGCUGUACUCGUUGGAGUUCAUCAGAACCCUGCGCAGUUCUCUGCCUAUACAAUUCGAAACCUUUAAUGCAAAUUUUCUCUGUUGUACAAUGGCAGGGUCAUCAUCGUAAGAAUUGUAACAGUUCCAGCAGUGU